CUCCCGUGUCUCCCUGUAUAACCUCGCAUUCCUCGAACUUGAGCGGGAAAAGGGCAAUGCCAGCGCGAGACGGUCGCACGCGCCGCCGCCGCCACUCUCAGUACUAGUUAAGCCGGUGACCAGCAGAACAGCACUAACUAGUUGUGUCGGGGAAAUUAUGGGAUGGAUUUCCAUGGCAACCGACCAGACGUCACAAUCUGGGCAUAUGAGGAAGAGGAAGGUGAACGUCAGAGGAGUGUCCCCCUGUCGCCGCUAGAGAGAUUCUUCUCUGAGGAUGAUUCGGUCAAACAGCAUAAGAAGAAGAAACCCAGCAAGAUAAUGGAGGGAAAGGAGCCCAAAGUUAAGAAAAAGAAGAAGAAGGAGGGGCUUCCUAGCGGGCUGGAUGACAUGUCAGAUAGAGAGGAUCGUGGUCACAGGUCGGGGAGUGAGAGCAGCACCUACAGCACCCUGAAGAAGAAAAAGAAGAAACCCAAAGAGAAGAAGGAGAGGAAAACAAAACAGCGAAAGAAAGAGGAUGAUGAGGACGAUGAUGACGACGAUGAUGGAAACAUGAAGGAACCAAAGUCAUCCAGUCAGCUGAUGCAAGAGUGGGGUCUCGAAGAUGUGCAGUAUGCCUUCUCAGAGGACGACUAUAAAACCAUCACCAACUACAAAGCCUUUAGCCAGUUUCUUAGGCCCCUCAUUGCCAAGAAGAACCCCAAGAUCCCCAUGUCAAAAAUGAUGACAGUGCUUGGAGCAAAAUGGAGAGAGUUCAGCGCGAACAACCCUUUUAAAGGCACCUCUGCAACUGCUGUGGCGGCUGCUGUGGCGGCUGCCGUGGAAACUGUCAAUGUGGCUCCGCCAAUUUGUAUUAGAAGUAUCCAACAGAUCUCACCAUCUGGGCCAAUCAAAAAAGCCAAAACCAAAGAGGGAAAGGGGCCUGGCGCAAAAAAAAAAAGUAAGUCAGUGAAAGAAACAAAAAAGAAAGGGAAACCGAAGAAGUCCAAAUCGAAAGCAGGCCAGGGUGGAAAAAGGAAAAAAGGAUCUUCGAGCGAGGAAGAUUUCCUGGAUGACUUUUCAGACUUUGAUGACAUCAGCAUUCACAGUGCCUCUGUACUCUCAGACACUUCAGCGGCACCAAAAAAGAAGUCGACCCGCCGAGGGCGAAAAAAAAGAAAAAGAGAGGAUGGAGACGGCUACGAGACAGACCAUCAAGAUUACUGUGAGGUUUGUCAGCAGGGAGGAGAGAUCAUUCUAUGUGACACCUGUCCCAGAGCAUAUCACCUGGUGUGUCUGGAUCCAGAACUGGAGAAAGCCCCAGAAGGCAAAUGGAGCUGCCCCCACUGCGAAAAAGAAGGCAUUCAGUGGGAGGCCAAAGAUGAGGAGGAGGAGGAAGACGAGGUUGCAGGUGAGGAGGAAGAUGACCACAUGGAGUUCUGCAGAGUGUGUAAGGAUGGAGGAGAGCUGCUGUGCUGUGAUACCUGCCCUUCCUCUUACCACAUCCACUGUCUCAACCCACCUCUUCCUGAGAUUCCCAAUGGAGAGUGGCUGUGUCCACGAUGCAUGUGCCCACCGCUAAAAGGGAAAGUCCAGAAGAUUCUGCACUGGGCGUGGGGCGAUCCUCCUCUGCCACCUGAGGUUCCCCCUGGGCAGGAUGGAGAGAAGGUGGAUGCUUUGGCCAAAAUACCACUGAAGGGCCGUCCAGAGAGGCAGCUGUUUGUGAAAUGGGCUGGCCUGUCCUACUGGCACUGCUCCUGGGUCAGCGAACUUCAGUUGGAGCUAUAUCACACAGUAAUGUACCGUAACUACCAGCGGAAGAACGACAUGGACGAACCGCCACCGUACGACUAUGGCUCUGGGGAGGAGGAGCUUAACAACGAGAAGAGGAGGAGCAAAGACCCUCAGUAUGCAGCCAUGGAGGAACAAUUCUACCGUUACGGCAUCAAGCCGGAAUGGAUGAUCAUUCACCGGAUUCACAACCACAGUUUUGAUAAGGAUGGAGAUGUACACUACCUGAUCAAGUGGAGAGAUUUGCCAUAUGACCAGUGCACCUGGGAGGCUGAUGACUUCACCGUCCCAGAUUAUGACAGCUUUAAACAAGCCUACUGGGACCACAGGAAUCAGGUGCUCGGUGAAAGUUAUCACCCCCUGCUGUUUAGAAAGGGAAAGAGACUCAAAGAGGAAGGGAAGAGGAGAGAACCUCCCCCAGACACUCCAGUUGUGGAUCCCACCAUCAAGUUUGAACAGCAGACAUGGUACAUCGAUGACACAGGGGGAACUUUGCACCCAUACCAGCUGGAAGGCCUGAACUGGUUGCGCUUCUCUUGGGCCCAAGGAACCGACACAAUCUUGGCUGAUGAAAUGGGCCUUGGCAAGACUGUGCAGACUAUAGUGUUCCUGUACUCACUCUACAAAGAGGGUCACUCCAAAGGGCCGUUUCUGGUCAGUGCGCCACUCUCCACCAUCAUCAACUGGGAGAGAGAGUUCGAGAUGUGGGCUCCAGAUUUCUACGUGGUGACUUACACAGGGGACAAAGACAGCAGGGCCGUCAUACGCGAGAAUGAAUUUACCUUCGAGGACAGCGCCGUCAAAUCGGGGCGCAAGGUUUUCCGCAUGAAGAAGGACACGCCGAUAAAGUUUCAUGUCCUGCUGACAUCAUAUGAACUGAUCACCAUUGAUCAGGCCAUACUUGGCUCUAUUACCUGGGCAUGUCUGGUUGUGGAUGAAGCCCACCGACUGAAGAAUAACCAGUCAAAGUUUUUCAGAAUUCUGAAUGGCUACAAAAUCUACUAUAAGCUGCUCUUGACCGGAACCCCUUUGCAGAACAACCUCGAAGAGCUUUUUCACCUGCUCAACUUUCUCACCCCGGAGCGCUUCAAUAACCUGGAGGGCUUUCUGGAGGAGUUUGCGGACAUCUCGAAAGAGGACCAGAUUAAAAAACUACAUGACCUGCUGGGGCCACACAUGCUCAGAAGACUGAAGGCAGAUGUGUUUAAGAACAUGCCGGCAAAAACCGAGCUCAUAGUGCGAGUAGAACUCAGCCCCAUGCAGAAGAAAUACUACAAGUUCAUUUUAACACGUAACUUUGAGGCAUUGAAUUCCAAGGGAGGAGGGAACCAGGUGUCCCUUCUUAACAUCAUGAUGGACUUGAAGAAAUGCUGCAACCAUCCCUACUUGUUUCCAGUGGCUGCAGUGGAAGCUCCAGUCUUACCCAACGGUUCUUACGACGGUAACCUCCUGGUGAAAUCCUCAGGGAAACUCACCCUGCUUCAGAAGAUGCUAAAAAAACUCAAAGACGAAGGGCACAGGGUUCUUAUCUUCUCUCAGAUGACAAAGAUGCUGGAUUUGCUAGAGGACUUCCUGGAGUUUGAGGGGUAUAAAUAUGAGCGUAUUGACGGGGGCAUCACAGGGGGCCUGCGACAGGAGGCCAUCGAUCGAUUUAACGCACCCGGGGCUCAGCAGUUCUGUUUUCUGCUCUCUACACGUGCUGGAGGAUUGGGCAUCAAUCUGGCAACCGCAGACACAGUGAUCAUAUAUGACUCUGACUGGAACCCACACAAUGAUAUUCAGGCAUUCAGCAGGGCGCAUCGUAUCGGGCAAAAUAAAAAGGUGAUGAUCUAUCGCUUUGUAACUCGGGCAUCCGUAGAGGAGCGUAUUACCCAGGUGGCCAAGCGAAAGAUGAUGCUGACCCACCUGGUGGUGCGUCCUGGCUUGGGCUCUAAGACAGGAUCCAUGUCCAAACAGGAACUAGACGACAUCCUCAAGUUUGGCACUGAGGAGCUUUUCAAAGACGACGUGGAAGCUGCCAGGACGAUGGGAGACAAUAAAGAAGGAGAAGAGGGUAGUGUGAUACACUAUGACGAUAACGCCAUCUCUAAACUGCUGGAUCGUAGUCAGGAUGCCACUGAAGACACAGAAAUCCAGAACAUGAACGAGUACCUGAGCUCAUUUAAGGUGGCUCAGUAUGUGGUGAGAGAGGAGGAUGGAGAGGAGGAGGUCCAGAGGGAGAUUAUUAAGCAGGAAGAGAAUGUUGAUCCAGAUUACUGGGAGAAGCUCUUGAGGCAUCAUUAUGAGCAGCAGCAGGAGGAUCUGGCCAGGAACCUGGGCAAAGGAAAACGCAUCCGCAAACAGGUCAACUAUAAUGACGCCUCUCAGGAGGAUCAAGAAUGGCAGGACGAUCUUUCAGAUAAUCAGUCAGAGUACUCUGUCGGGUCCGAGGAUGAGGAUGAAGAUUUUGAGGAACGACCUGAAGGAGGACGCAGACAAUCUCGCAGACAGUUGAAGAGUGAUCGGGACAAACCGUUGCCUCCGUUGCUGGCUAGAGUUGGUGGAAAUAUAGAGGUAUUGGGAUUUAAUGCCAGGCAGCGGAAAGCCUUCCUGAAUGCGAUUAUGCGCUGGGGAAUGCCCCCACAAGAUGCCUUCAACUCUCACUGGCUGGUCCGUGACCUGAGAGGGAAAAGUGAAAAGGAGUUCAGGGCUUAUGUGUCUCUGUUCAUGAGGCACCUGUGUGAGCCGGGGGCAGAUGGAGCAGAGACAUUUGCAGAUGGGGUCCCGAGGGAAGGCCUGUCCCGCCAACACGUUCUCACCCGGAUUGGUGUCAUGUCUCUGGUGCGCAAGAAGGUUCAGGAGUUUGAGCAUGUAAAUGGGAAGUUUAGUACACCAGAUUUGAUUCCUGUGGGAUUGGAGCUGAAAAAACUCACUGAAAGUGUCUCAUCGGACCCCAACACGCCUGUUCCUGCCAGUCCGGUUCCGACUCAACCCAGCACACCUGUUCCUUCAGAUAAGACGGAGUCGAUGUCCGGUUCUCAAGAAGACAAGGAGAUUACAGAACCAGAGAGCACCAAAUCGCUGGACCCUGAGCCAGUUAUACCAGAACCCUCCCCUGCACCAGAGAAGACCAGUGAGGGAGAAGAGUCAAAGAGCGGCAGUCCGGAGGAGAAACGAAUAGAAGAGAACGAGAAGAAUGACACCCCUCCUGUCCCUUCAGAGUCAUCGUCCAAUCAAGCACAGCCGCCCACUAAGCCUAGUGAGCAGUCAGCCAAUCAGACACCUUUGGACUGCGGUAAAGGGAAAGAAACUUCUCCGGAGAGAGGGGAAAAUAAACCCAGCCCAGCAAAAUUAGACGAAAAGGAGCAAAAACCAGCCAUUCCUGAUGAUUUAAAGUCUGAAGAACAAAUCGUGAACCAAUUGAAUGGAGAGAAAGAUGCGAGGGACGACACAGACGAGAGCCACAGAGAUGACAAGAACAGCGUCAAGACUCGGUUCAUGUUCAACAUCGCAGAUGGAGGAUUCACAGAAUUACACACAUUGUGGCAGAACGAGGAACGCGCAGCUGUGUCAUCUGGCAAAAUGUACGACAUCUGGCACCGUCGCCAUGACUACUGGCUGCUGGCUGGCAUCGUAACACAUGGCUAUGCCCGCUGGCAGGACAUUCAGAAUGACCCACGGUACACCAUUCUCAAUGAGCCUUUCAAGACUGAAAUGCACAAAGGGAACUACUUAGAAAUGAAGAAUAAAUUUCUCGCCAGACGUUUUAAGCUCCUGGAACAGGCUUUGGUAAUCGAGGAGCAGCUACGGCGCGCGGCGUACCUGAAUAUGACUCAGGACCCCAGUCACCCUGCCAUGGCCCUCAACACGCGUUUCGCAGAGGUGGAGUGCCUGGCUGAGUCCCAUCAGCACCUCUCCAAAGAGUCAUUGGCUGGGAACAAGCCAGCCAAUGCUGUGCUGCACAAAGUGUUGAAUCAGCUGGAGGAGCUGUUAAGCGAUAUGAAGGCUGACGUGACGCGGUUGCCUUCCAUGCUUUCGCGGGUCCCACCCGUGUCCUCCCGGCUCCAGAUGUCAGAGCGGGGCAUCCUCAGCAGGCUCACCAGCCGGGGCAACGAGCCGCCACCUCAGCAGCCUUUCCCUCAGGGCUCUUUCAGCUGUUCUCAGAUGUAUAAUAGCAGUUUUGCCGGAGGGUUCCGUGGACCUGGAGGCACAGCGAUGGUGAACUACAGCCAGAUGCCCCUGGGGCCGUACGUCAGUGUGUCCUCAAACGGACCUCCGGCACCAACCAGCUACCUGGAGAAGAAGUCCAGUGAUGCUCUGCGAGAUGUGGCCACCCCUGAUUUGAAAUCAGGCAAACCCAGCGAUGUUAUAUGCAUCGAGGACUAGCCCGCAGCCAUUCCAUCCUCUAUCUGUACGACACAGACAGAACCACGGAGAACUCCUCCAAACAACAAAUAUUAAACAGCGAACCUUAUCAGUUGCACUUUUUGUCUUUCAGAAUACUUGUACACGCCUACAAGUUUUAUUCGGUAGAGUUCCGUUUCUCUUUCAUUCUUUUUUAACUUCUGCAACACGAAAGUCUUGAUCGAUUAAGGAGAGACUGAGGACGCUUAUGUAGAGGGCACCGUUGUUCUGACAGUCCUUUGAGCUUUGUUUUUAUAUUAUUAUUUUUACAUCAUGAUGUGUUUUUCUUGAUGGCCUUGAAGGACAUUUUCAUCUCUGCUAACAUUGAGCCAUCUGGAGGUGCUACUAGUUCCUGGCCAGCUCAAGGACGGGACGUCCCACCUCUGGGUUCAUUUGCAGCCUCUGCUUUGCUCCUGGUUCUGCUCAUGAAUGGUGUGUUAUUGCUGCCCCUGCAGGUUAUUGCUGUGUAGUGCAUCUAAAAACAGAAUAGUGCAAUGACUGUCAUUUUUCUCUGGAAUACUUCAGAUAAUUUUACAGUAUGUCACCACUAAUGUUUUCUUUUUGAAUUGUACUAUAUAUAUAUAUUUUUUUUUUUUUUUUCAGUUUACAUUUACUCUUUAUGAAGAAAAAGAGUGUUGACCCUUGAAA